CCCCUUCAUCGGUAAAACCUCCUCCGUUCAACACUAUGGAAUCCUCAGAACUCUACCACAUCAAACAGCAGUUCACUCUGGGGGCUUACAAGUCACUCGUCGACUUGACCCUACCCGACCCCUCCUCCACAGACUACACCCCCACCCUCGUCUACAAGGCCCGCGCACACAUCGCCCUAGGGUUGCCAUCCGCAGCUGAGGCACUUGUUCCCGCUGACACCGAGAACCUCGCGCUAAAGAGCGUCGCUGCGCUCGCGCGGUACAUCGGGGCGGAUGCAGACGACGCACGCGAGGUCGUGCUAGAGGAGCUGCGCGACCUGAGCGUAGAGAUCGAGGGCGAAGACACGGAGGCGAGCGCAUGGGAGAAGGGCGUCGUUCGUGUGCUGGCGGGCACGGCAUUCGCGCGGGCGGGCGAGAUUGAGGAAGCGUUGGAGACGUUGGGUGCGGGAAAUGACACGCAGAACCUCGAAGCCGUCGCAUACGCCGUCCAAAUCUACCUCUCCAUCUCCCGCCCCGACCUCGCCCGCAAAGAGUUCGAGCGUGCCAAGCGCUGGGCAGAGGACGACCUCCUCCUGCAGCUCAUCGAGGCCUCCAUCGGGCUCGUAACAGGCAAGGACGGCUACGCCGACGCGCACUCCUUCUACACCGAGCAGCUCGCGAACCCCUCCCUGACGUCCACACACCUCCUCACCGCGCGCGGCGUCGUGCGUCUGCUCCGCGGCGAAGUGGGCGCGGCGAAGAGCGAUCUCGAGGAGGCCGUCAGCCAGUUGGGCGGGAAGCCAGACGCGGAGACUCUUGCGGCGCAGACUGUCGCGACGGGCGUGGGCGCCGCGAAGACCGUAGAUGCGGAUGAGCUGUUCAGCAAAUUGUCGGCGGAGUUCCCGAACCAUCCUCUCGUGACCGACUAUCAGCAGAAGGAGGCGUUGUUCGACGAGCUCGCGGUCAAGUUCAUUGUGCCACCGCUGGCCACAGCGUCAGCAUGACUGUAAUUGUCUUCCCGGGAUGGUGGUGUAUGCAGAUACAUGCGAUAUUCCCUGUAUGAUCACUGCAUUACGCUGGCAAAAUAGGUUUGAGACAUUACUUUUCAGUUUUUUCUCUCUUGUAGGUUGGUCCUUCACCAUCCUCCCUGGUCGCCCCAAGAACCGUCUAGGUUGAGGCCGGAGAUCGCGAUAACCUUGAUGUUACAGCUUGCUGGUAAGGUCCAGCAUGAAUUAUCACAUCAGCAGCCUUCACUCCGGUGUCUCUGCAUAGCGAAGGCUCGUUUUCAUCCUCUAAGGCGUAGCUCUCCCAGCUAUAGUUGAUCCGGGCGGGGGGGGCAUGAUACUCAUACUCAUC